CAUGAAGAAGAAGAGGACGAAACGGAAAUUACGGCAGCGCCUCUUCCCUGACGAAGCCAGAUAAACAAACAAAAGCAAGCUAUUACAGUAGAUAUAUUUAGGAGUCAGAAUUAGUUUUGAUGUGUUUCUAUUUAUAGAUAUGUCUAUCAGGAAUAAGUUAUUCCCGUGAAUCCCCAAUAACUGAGGCAAAAAAGGGCUAGCAUCCUACUUGCUAAGUUAGCUGGCAGGCUUGUAGUGGUUAGCUCGACAUGUUUAUUUUAGUGCUGGGGCGAAGGAGCACGACAUGAUGGCAUGACACUGUCGCAGUGCUAGCAAGUAGCUACAGUUUCAUUUAAAGAUUGGACGGUUGUUGGAAACAGGUAAAACUUAGCUUAAGUUUUAACCGGAACUGCACUCCGUAAGAUCUUCACAUCGUCACCAUGGCGUGGGCUUUGAAGUUGCCUCUCACGGAUGAAGUGAUUGAGUCCGGACUGGUCCAGGACUUUGAUGCCAGUCUCUCGGGCAUUGGCCAGGAGCUCGGUGCUGGGGCAUAUAGCAUGAGUGAUGUACUUGCCCUCCCCAUCUUCAAGCAGGAGGAGUCCAACCUUCCUCCAGACACCGACAACAAGAUCCUACCGUUUCAAUAUGUUCUGUGUGCAGCUACCUCGCCAGCCGUUAAACUGCAUGAUGAAACACUCACCUACCUCAACCAAGGCCAGUCCUAUGAAAUUAGAAUGCUUGACAAUCGAAAAAUUGGGGAACUUCCUGAAAUCACUGGUAAAAUGGUGAAGAGCAUCAUCCGUGUGGUGUUUCAUGAUCGCCGACUUCAGUACACAGAGCACCAGCAGCUGGAAGGCUGGCGCUGGAACAGGCCUGGGGAUCGCAUCCUCGACCUGGAUAUCCCCAUGUCCGUCGGCAUAAUCGACCCCAGGGCUAACCCUACUCAGCUAAACACUGUGGAGUUCCUUUGGGACCCAUCAAAAAGAACCUCAGUUUUUAUCCAGGUACACUGCAUCAGCACAGAAUUCACCAUGCGCAAGCAUGGAGGAGAAAAGGGUGUGCCUUUCCGCAUCCAGAUCGACACGUUUAAAGAAAAUGAGAAUGAAGAGUACACAGAACACCUCCACUCUGCCUCCUGCCAGGUCAAAGUCUUCAAGCCUAAAGGUGCGGACAGAAAGCAGAAGACUGACAGGGAGAAAAUGGAGAAAAGGGCGCCACAGGAAAAGGAAAAGUACCAGCCAUCCUAUGAAACCACAAUCCUGACAGAGUGCUGCCCCUGGCCUGAGGUCACAUAUGUCAGCAACUCUCCAUCUCCUGGCUUCAACAGCACACACAACAGCUUCCCAGUUGCAGAAGGAAAUGGAUCACCAAACCACCAGCCUGAGCCCGUUGUUCAGGUAGCAGAUAAUCUGUUACCCACAGCAACUCCGCAGGAUGCACAACAGUGGCUUUUAAGAAACCGCUUCUCACCCUUCUGUCGGCUCUUCACCAACUUCUCAGGGGGAGACCUGUUGAAGCUGACCAGGGAGGACGUCAUUCAGAUCUGUGGGCCAGCUGAUGGUAUAAGACUCUUCAAUGCACUGAAGGGGCGGGUGGUACGACCGAGGCUGACCAUCUACGUGUGCCAGGAGUCUCAGCAGGCACGGGAACAGCAACCGAAACAUGAAAACGGAGAUGCUGCCGCCAACGCUUUCUUUGUAUAUCACGCCAUUUACCUGGAGGAGCUCACAUCUGCUGAGCUGACAGAGAAGAUCGCUCAGCUCUUCAACAUCUCACCCAGACAGAUAAAUCAGAUCUUUAAACAGGGUCCCACUGGCAUCCAUGUACUGGUCAGUGAUGAGAUGAUUCAGAACUUCCAGGAUGAAGUAUGUUUUGUUUUGGACACUAUGAAAGAUGACACAAAUGACGGCUACCACAUCAUCUUGAAGUGAAUGCUGGGCAGGAGAAUAGCGUUGCUCUCUUCGAUAGACCUGCUCCAGUCAGCCCCUCUAGAGCUUCAUACUCCUUGCUGUUCCUGGAAUAUGUGGAGAUGCCCCAAGAAACCCCUUGAGGCUGCUAGGAGGAAUAUGCGACUGAAACACCUAGCCCUCUCACUAUACCUUACUGUCUUACUUUUGAGGGAGUGACAGUUACCACAGUGAGGUGACAAUCUCCUUCUCGCCCUACCAUUGUCUCCCUUAAAUGGUUGCAUUUUCCUCUGUCGCUUAUGUCUCAUGAACGAGGUUAGUGGCAGUACAGCUGCUAUCACUGUUCAUUUGUUAGCUGAGCAUCUGGUGUGCCAAGGCUCUGUGCUUCAGAAACAGUUUGUUGUCUCUUUAAAAACCAACAACCAAAAAAAGGGGGGAAAAAAAAUCAAAGCGACAAAAAAGAGACACCUACUCUGACAGUACUUGACUUUCAGUCUGCAAUGCAGCAUGAUUUCUCGUCUUCAUGCUAGGUUGCCUUGCCGGGAUCCACUUAAACCAGUCUGGGAGACACAUGGUAUAGCUAACACAAUCACACAGUCACAUCAAAGAACCACAAGAGGCAUCUAAAUCAGCAAUCAGGACAUUGAGGGAAACUGUUGGAAUCCAGCUGUUCUCCAUAACAUCUGCGAUUCCUUUCAAAGCUAACAAUGUCAGUCUUUUACUGAUUUGAACUGUUACUUUUAACUUUUUCCAGACUCCCAAACACUGUUUGGUCCUUUUUAUAGUUAGUGUAGAGCGCAUACUGGCACUUGUGGUUGUUACUUAUGAGUCUUGAAUGAUGAUGAAACACUGUCUAUGUUAGUGAUCACAGUGACAACACCAGCAAACUGUCUCCAGUCCAUGUACUGCAUUUCCCUGUCAGCUUAUUUAGCAUUUCAUUAUGUUUAUUUUCCAACAUUAUUUGUAAAUAGAUCAUUAUUUUAAAAUGUUGCCAUAGGGAAUCGUGUGUUACUUUGGCAGUUAAAAAAAAUCUUUUUAACAUACUAUCUUCAUCAUUGUUUUUGGAUGUUACCACUUCCAAAUACUAAUACAUAUAAUGGGCUGUUGGACACACCAGAGCUGCAUGUGAAAAGAUAUGAUUUGUUUAUGUUCAGUCCAUUGUACUGCUUACAUGAAAUUGAUAGCAUGACAUUUUAGAUAUCCAUCUUUGCCCAUCUCAUCAUCAUCAUUAAAAUACUUACCCAUGUAUUGACUGCCACCUGUUGUCUGCUUUAUAAUCUUUGCAAAAAUAAAAGAAAUGUGUUUUUUUAAACAAUA